AUGAAUUUCAUGAUAUGGAAUUCAAGAGGCACUGGGUCGAAGGCUUUUCCAAACCUGGUACAAGAACUACGCCGUCAUUACCACCUGGAUUUCCUUGCUCUACUCGAAACACGGGCAGAUAAGCAGAAGACUGAGCAGAGAAUCUCUAGAUUGGGAUUUCAAGAGUUCUCCUUCACUGAAGCAGUGGGAUUUAGCGGCGGUAUAUGGUGCUUGUGGGGUGCAGGCAUUAGACGGGUAGAAGUGUUGGAACAGCACAAACAAUUUAUUCACCUUCGAGUUGAGAAUAGUAGACUUGACUCUUGGUGCAUGACGGUAGUGUACGCGUCGCCGAACUUAGCUGCUAGAAGAAGCUUGUGGUCAAACUUAUCGAGGUUGGGAGAACAAAUGCAGGAACCUUGGGUGCUCGGGGGAGAUUUUAACGCUACGUUAUUUGAUUCCGAACGCAAGUCUAUCGCACCUAACUCGAUUUCUUCUGACCGUGACUUUGGUGCAUGGUUCGAAACACACUCUAUGGAAGACCUAGGAUUUGUGGGUCCAUGGUUCUCGUGGAAGAGAGGAAGUACAGAAGCAAGACUGGAUCGCUUCAUUGCAAAUGAUAAGUGGCACACUCUCUUUCCACAAGCUUCUGUUGCCCAUCUACCUUUUUACAAGUCAGAUCACCGUCCCAUGCUCCUACGGAUAGAUGGGGGUACCACAAAUGAGACGCCACAGCGGCCGUUUCGUUUCAUAGCUUCGUGGGUCCUCCAUGAUGAUUUCGGUAAUAUGGUGCGAAACAAAUGGGACGAGACCCUACCUUGGAACGAUAACCUUGCUCAAUUCACUAGCGCUUGUAAACACUGGAAUAGGAAUGUUUUUGGUCACAUUGAGGGUAGGAAACAAAAGUUACUGAGUAGACUUGAAGGGGUGACGAAAGCUAUUGCCCGAGGAAGAGAUGCCAGUCAACUCGAGGAGCUUCAACUUGAAUUGUGGAGGGAACUAGAGGACGUCCUCUUGCAGGAAUCUUUGUUGUGGGCGCAAAAGGCGUGA